AUGAAGUGUCACCUGAUUCCAAACUCCGAGAAGUGCGAGAGGUGCGUCCGCAAAGCACUCGAUUGUACCUUCCAGCAGCAUAGACGAGGUCGUAAGCUAGGCAUGAGGCUCUCGACGAGCCACUCGGCGAAGCAGAGCAAUGAGGAAGGCAACAAUGAGAGCGAUAGUCGUGAGCAGUCUGACAGUGAUCGACCAUACGGCUUCUGGGCGGAUCCAGAUGGUUUCAAUCCACCCAGCCUGCUAAAUCGACAUGCGUCCAAAGGCAACUUUUCCCUGCAGAACAUCUUGAGUACGAAUAUCGAGGCACCAAAGAAACCCACCUCAGGCGAAAUAUCGGCAAGCGCACCUCGCUCACCCGGAGAUCCGAUCACCAAGGGAAUCAUCAAUAUGGCGAUCGCUGAGUCUUUAUUCGAAGGCUUCAUGAAGAAUCUGAAUCCAUAUGUUUGCCAACUUGACCCAACCUUGCAUACUUUCCAGUACGUGAGAGUUAAGUCAUCGUUCUUGCUCACAGCGGUACUUGCAGCCGCCGCAAAGCUUUUGAACCCCUCCGUGUUCUCACCACUUCGAGAUCAUGCCGAACGACUCUACAUGGAAGUCUUCCGCCGUGGGCUGAAGUCGCCGGAAGUAGUUCAAGGAAUCAUGCUUUUGACGUACUGGAAGGAGCCUGACGACACAAGAGCAUUCGUCAACGUCGGAAUUGCUAUACGUAUCUGCCAUGAUCUCGGCUGGCAAAAACUGCAGGCGCAGGAUCUGAAAUCCAUGAGCGAAGAGAGAGCUCGAGAGAUCCGGAGUAUGGAAAGAACUUGGCUCGUCCUUUUCGUGUACGAUCGCAGCAUCAGCAUGCAGACCGGGAAACCAUGCAUGAUCGAGCGCAGCCGCUUCAUUGAGUCGAUCGACGACUGGCUCAAGUCACCUUUUGGAGAGACGGAUGGCUUGCUGGCUGCCUUUACCCACUUGCGAUUGCUAACAUCCGAGCUUCCUGGACUCUUGAAACCCGCAGAUGAUACCAGUUCUCCGCCCAGCUCCAGGCCUCUUCUGCGGCUUUUGAAGGAGCAGAUUGGAGGGUGGCGUAGGCGGUGGACGCAGGCUACGACGAGAGAGCCGCGCCACCAGUUUCUGGUACAAUACUAUGCCGAUCACACCCUACUGAUGCUAUACUCUGGACCUUUGCAGGCAUCGCUCUCUUCAAAAACCGGUCCUUUAGACCUUGAGCCGUUUUGGGUGAGCUACAACGCCGCCAUCGGCAUUCUUCGCCUGGUCUCAAGCAGAGAGGUCGCCGGUUUUGUAUAUUUCGUGCAAGAUUCUAUGCACGUCAUGCUAGCGUAUGCUGCAGUGUUCCUAAUCAAGGUAUACUUCUUCCGAGCUGGGCGGGAGUGGCAUUACGUGGUUACUAAUCGGCACUCUAGCUACUGUUGUCAAUCCCUCGAGCCGUGA